AUGGCGGCGGAGAAGACUUUCUCUUCUCUUUCAUCGCCGAAGAACCAAUCGAAGAGUCACUGUCGACCAUUCCACCAUAUUCAAUGGUCUAUAGCUGCGAAGAACUUCCAAACGCGAACUGCGGCUCCAACGACGAACAACGACGGCCGAAACAAAAAUUUCCACUAUAUUCGUUUAUAUUUUGUUGAUUGGUUGGUUGCGUCACGCAGGAUGCGUCACACAAGAUUACAAAUGAAAGUUGACGAAGAAUCAAUUGGAGGCUUAUUCGUGGCGUUUCUUCAUCAAGGGAGGUAUAUUACAUUACAUUUGCUGACUUCAAAUUCUGUAUUAUUGUGUGCUAGGCAAGGUUUUGCAUUGGGUUUAUCUGUCCUAGUUAGUUCUAUCCCAAGCAUCAAAAUUGAUGCAUUGUUGAAUCUCAUAGUAGAUACCCUACCGACCACUUCUUCAAUGAAAGGACAGGACAUGCGAAAUAAUCUUUUGGGUCGAUUAUUUUCUUAUGGUGCUAUUGCACGAUCCAAAAGGUUAUCUGAAGAUUGGAGAACUGACCAGAACUCAACGCAAAUUGUUGGAUUCAUUGGUUCUCUAGUUGGCCUUGCAUCCAAGAAGAGGUACCUUCAAGAGCCUGCUGUCUCAAUAAUUCUGGAACUAAUUAACAAGGUACCUGCAGAGUCUGUCUUGAAUGAGAUUCUUGAAGCACCAUGUCUUGGUGAUUGGUUUAAUGGUGCAAUUGAAGCUGGAAAUCCCGAUGCAUUGCUUCUAGCUCUUAAAAUGAGAGAGAAAAUAUCUGUUGAAAGCAAUGUCUUUGGGAAACUUCUUCCUCAUCCAUAUACAGUUGGAAGCUUUUUUACAGUUGAACACUUGUCCUCUAUUUCUAACUGCUUGAAGGAGUCUACUUUCUGUCAGCCUCGUGUUCAUAGUAUAUGGCCUGUCUUAGUGAAUAUUAUCCUACCAGAUGUGGUCUUGGAAGUAGACUCAACUCAAAGCUCGCAUUCUGGAAAAAAACACAAAAGAAACCGCAAAGCUAGUUUGUUAGAAAAAGAGGUUGAGAAAAAUCUGAAGUGCUUCUGCGAAGUUGUGUUGGAAGGAUGUCUUCUUUUGUGCCAAUUUGAGUUUUGCUUUUCAAGUUAUAGAGGGUUAAACAAAUCUGGAUAG